CUCUAUGACGUUUCUCACCCGUCUGGAGGAAACGGUGGGAGGAACUUUGACCAAUAGAUAAAUUAUUUGUACUAAGCUACAGUCUUUUCUGUUGAAAUUCAUAUUUAUUAGCGUCUUUUCAUAUGAAUAGAGAUGUGGUUUAUUUAUUUAUUAAGUUGGCUGUCGUUGGUGAUACAGAUAUCUUUCGUCACUCUAGCUAUUGCGGCGGGCCUGUACUAUUUAGCAGAACUAAUAGAAGAAUACACCGUUGCGACUAGUAAAAUAAUAAAGUACAUGAUACUGUUCUCGACAGGUGUGCUGACAGGGUUGUACCUGUUUGAGGGUUUCCCAGUGCUGAUGAUGGGGACGGGUCUGUUCACCAACCUGGUGUACUUCGGCCUGCUGCAAACCUUCCCCUACAUCCUCCUCAGCUCGCCCAACUUCAUCCUCUCCUGUGUGUUGGUGGUUCUGAAUCACUACAUGGCCUUCCAGCACUUUGCAGAGGAGUACUACCCCUUUUCGGAGGUGCUAGCAUACUUCACCAUCUGCCUGUGGGUGAUCCCCUUCUCUUUCUUUGUGUCUCUCUCUGCCGGGGAGAACGUGCUGCCCUCCACUAUGCAGCAAGGAGACGACGUGGUGUCAAACUACUUCACCAAGGGCAAGAGAGGAAAGAGAUCUGGCAUCCUGCUUAUCUUCUCCUUCCUCAAGGAGGCUGUGCUUCCCAGCAGACAGAAGAUGUACUGAGGAGGACUUGGGGGGGGUCAGGGUGCGGGUCAAACUGUGCGAGGGUCUGCGGUGAAUGCGUGGAGGUCUGGAUUUCGGUACGGUACCAAGGUGGUGGACCAAGGGGGCCAGAGGGGUACAUCUAGGGGCCAGACCCCUCCCUCCCCCGGGCUACGGAAGGACUAGCAGGGGCGGUGACACGUGUCUUGGACUAGCUUUGUCUUAACUUUUCUGUCUGCAUUCUGUCUACUACUGGAAGCCUGACAGCGACACAACGACCCGGAGCCUAACCACAACAACAGCAGCGACGACCGAGGCUUCAUUAUGUACAUAGCGGCUCCUUCACGUCCUCUUUGAGGGGACUGCUGUUUUAUAGGGUUUGUUAUUGAAACUUGUUGGUUUGUUUUGCGAGACUGGGGGAGGGAGA